AAUCCCGUCGUAUUGUUCAGAACAAACGCUUGCAGGCAAACAUGCCAGGUUGCGCUGCCGCACAAUAAAGGAGUUUCUCCAUGGACGCAGUGUCCACAUGUAGACUAGCUUGCUCCUAUCUAUAAUGGGCCGCCUUGAUGCAGAUCGACUUCUGGUACAGGGACAGUUUGGGCCAGACUGCUCACUCCUUACUAGAGCCCGAGUUUCGCAACAACUUGAUCAAGCGGGAGAAUACGGCAUGAACCUGCUUGUCGUCAAGACCGACGGCCCACACACUUCAUACACCUCGCAUGGCCAGUCGUGGUACAUAUCGCGUAUAGUAGAGAGCACAAUGGGCUCAUGUUUGCAGUCCGCGGUGUUGCAGCGCCCGUCCGCGGCACUUUGCCUCCAACUGCCGACUAUCUACCUGACGCUGCGUGCUGAAACACGUGCAUCUUACUGGCUGAACGUCCAUGUGAGUGCGCGCACCUUUCAUGUCCUGUCAUUUUUCCCCAGCGCUUCUGGGGAGAGAAGAUCAGAUUACCACUGCAUACUGGCAGAUGACAGCAGCCGUUUGAAGCGCUUGUGAUACAUAUAGUCAAUAUAUUUCCUGACGGUACAUCCCUUAUGUGUCAGAUGGGGUUGGCAAGCGAACCAUGGUCAUAGGGUCAAAUUCAGGAGAUAACAAGAGA